AUGGGGAAUACUUCAUCUUCUUCCGCUGGUGCCUCAUCUUCGGCUCAACACAUAAGUCAAAAUGCCUACAGAUCAGCUGAAAAUUCCCUUGGUUAUCCCGGAAGAGGGGAAGUUGACGUCAGGGCACCAUACAUGUUCAAAUGCGAAAUAUCCUCUAGUGGAAAUGCCCUAAAGAACAAAAACCAGCUUAUGCAACUAAAAAAAUCAGAGCGCCUGCGAAAGCGAUAUUAUGUUGUUGCAUUUUAUCAAAUUGCUGAAGGUAGGGUAGACCGGAUGCCGCCUUACAAUACCUACCAGCGACAGGCUUGGACGGUCGGUAUCGCUUUCAAUCGAUUUAAUUUCACCCGUCGGGCACCACGGCGCCUCCGUGAAAAGCUUGCCCACUGGGGAAUUUAUAUCCGGCCCCAGGUUUACGAUUCAACUUAUGAGCCUGCCCUGAACCGCGUCUUCGGCAUGAACUGGGAAGAAAAGAUUGGUAGUCUCCUUAUUCUCGAGGAUGUCUGGGGAACUCCUGGACAAGACAUGAGUGGGGAUUGGAAAAAGCUCGUCAAAGCUACCGAGUUCGAGAAAGUCACCAAUCCUAAGUAUCAAGAAACGACAAUGUAUUUCAGUCUGGAGGAAUUUGUUCUUGAACCCGUUACUAAUACGAAGUCAUUGUUGGUAGUCCAGUGGCUUCUUCGCCAAUUUAUAGCCCGAACUCUAGGCCGAAAUGGGCCACAGUAUACAUGGGAUGAUCUGAAUAUUAUUCAUCCUGGCGCAGCAUAUUCUCUGACCUCAGCGAACUGUCAAGACUUCGUGAAAUUUGCUAUGGAUGUACUGAAAGAUCAUCCAUCCUAUAACUUCACUGACUUCAAGAGACUUUGUCAGCCGUUUGCUCUUUCCUCACUCGAGAGUAAAGUGCUACGGGUGCUCGAAAGGGAACAAGCUUAUGUGGAGCAGAUCAAAGGAGACAUGUCACAUAUAGUUGUGGGUUUUGAUCAGAGUGGUAUACAUGAUGUGGGACGUUUCGGCCAGGUUGCGUAA